AUGUUCACCCGGCUAGUUUGUAUCAGCGAUUAUGAACAACAUGCUAAGUCAAUUCUUCAGAAGUCUAUAUAUGACUAUUACAGGUCUGGAGCAAAUGAUCAGGAAACCCUGGCUGAUAAUAUGGCGGCAUUUUCCAGAUGGAAGCUGUAUCCACGGAUGCUCCGGAAUGUUGCUGAAAUAGACCUGUCGACCUCUGUUUUAGGUCAACGAGUCAGCAUGCCAAUAUGCGUGGGGGCCACGGCCAUGCAGUGCAUGGCUCACGUGGAUGGGGAGCUUGCAACUGUGCGAGCCUGCAGGUCACUGGGAACUGGCAUGAUGCUGAGUUCCUGGGCCACCUCCUCCAUUGAAGAAGUGGCAGAGGCCGGUCGUGAGGCGCUUCGCUGGUUGCAGCUGUACAUCUACAAGGACCGUGAAGUCACCAAGCAGCUCGUGCGGCGGGCCGAACGGAUGGGCUACAAGGCCAUAUUUGUGACAGUGGACACCCCUUAUCUGGGCAACCGCUUUGACGACGUGCGAAACAGGUUCAAGCUGCCACCACAACUCAGGAUGAAAAAUUUUGAAACCAACGAUUUAGCAUUUUCUCCAAAGGAAAAUUUUGGCGACAACAGUGGACUUGCUGCAUAUGUGGCCAAAGCUAUAGACCCCUCCAUCAGCUGGGAGGAUAUUAAAUGGCUGAGGGGGCUGACAUCCCUGCCAAUUGUUGCCAAAGGCAUUCUGAGAGGAGAUGAUGCCAGGGAGGCAGUUAAACAUGGUUUGGAUGGAAUCUUGGUGUCCAAUCAUGGGGCUCGACAACUCGAUGGGGUGCCAGCCACAAUUGAUGCUCUGCCCGAAAUCGUGGAGGCCGUUGAAGGGAAGGUGGAGGUCUUCCUGGACGGGGGUGUCCGGAAAGGCACUGAUGUUCUGAAAGCUCUGGCCCUGGGAGCCAAGGCUGUGUUUGUGGGGAGACCAAUCAUUUGGGGUUUGGCUUCCCAGGGAGAGAAAGGUGUUCAAGAUGUCCUUGAGAUACUAAAGGAAGAGUUCCGGUUGGCCAUGGCUCUGAGUGGGUGCCAGAAUGUGAAAGCCAUCGACAAGACAUUGGUGAGGAAAAAUCCUUUGGCCCUUUCCAAGAUCUGA